GAUUCAGUUCAGUUCGUUCACCCAGAUGAUUCGUUCGUUUUGAACGAAUCGUUCAUGACGACACAUCACUACUUUUAUUGGGAUCAAAGGUUUUCCGUCGCAUAGCCUGAAUGUGUUUGCAGAUUCUGAAGAAGUUGAUGAGAAACAUAAAUGUUUGAAGUUGGACGAAGCUGAAGACUUCACAGGUCACAAUGAAGACUCUGGUGUUUGUGUCUCUCGUGGGAUUAUUCCUCCACGACACGACGGCAGAGAUGCACUCUCUGAAGUAUUUCUACAUGGCGUCUUCUGAAGUCACAAACUUCCCAGAGUUUGUGUCUGUUGGGAUGGUUGAUGAUUUUCAGAUAGAAUACUACGACAGUAACACCAAGAGAUUCGUACCCAAACAGGACUGGAUGAACAAAGUCACAGAUGAUGAUGCUGACUACUGGGAGGAGGACACUGGUAACUUUGUGGGUGCCCAGCAGUGGUUCAAAGUCGGCCUUGACAUUUUAAAGCGGCGCUUCAACCAAACUGGAGGUUUGUUUAUGAUUCAAUUUAUACUGAAAAAAGAUUGUUUAUAACACACACA